AUGGAUUUUUUUUUAUUUAUAUGUAUUUUUCCAUUAUUUGUUGGUAUCAUCGGUUUUUGUUUAAGUUCAUUCAUAAACAACAACCAAGAAAAAAGUUGGGAAUCAGUCAACUAUCAACAACAAGAACAAUACCAACAGUACCAACAAGACCAACACCAACAAGACCAAGACCAAGACCAAGACCAACACCAACCACAACCACAACAGCCACAACUCCAACAACACCAACAGCACCAACAACACCAACAACCACAUCAACCACCAGAGAGACAAAUACCCCAUCAACUACAAAAUAAAAAGUAUACUUCUUCACAAAUUAGUUGUGAUAUCAUAGAGGAUUUGGUCAAUUCUUUUGGAAAGCUAUGUCUUGAACCUGAAUUGACAGAAGUUGAAAAGGCCCGUAAACGUUUAAAUGAACGUAUGGAGCUUUACCAGUUGAUGGCUAGAAGGGAAAUUCCAGGUGAUGGUAAUUGCCAAAUGCAUGCACUAUCAGACCAAAUCUAUGGUAACCUGAACCAUAGUAGAGCCAUUAGAAAGUCUAUUGUAUCUUGGCUCAGAAAAAAUAAGAACCUUUCCCUUCCAAACGGUGCCCGUCUCUCUAGCUUUGUCUCAACUAGUUGGGACAGAUAUUGUAAUAAUAUGGCCAAAAAUGGUACAUGGGGUGACCAUUUAACAUUAAUCGCUGCUGCAGAAAUUUUCAAAACAAAUAUUUCAAUAAUUUCUACAGCUGAAUCAGAGGGUAAUUUUGUAAUAGAAGUUACACCAAGUAAAAAAAGCGACAGUGGAAUUUUGCUCUCUCAUUUUGCCGAAUUCCAUUACGGUUCUUUGUGCCAAUUGCACAAUUAA